AUGGUGAGGGGAUUGCUCAACAAGCUCGUCUCUCGCUCUCUCUCCGUCGCUGGAAAAUGGCAGCACCACCAACUCCGCCGCCUCAACAUCCACGAGUACCAGGGCGCUGAGUUGAUGGGCAAACAUGGUGUGAACGUUCCCAGGGGCGUGGCUGUUUCCUCUGUUGAAGAGGUCAGAAAGGCCAUUAAGGAAUUUUUUCCUAAUGAAAAAGAGUUGGUGGUUAAGAGUCAAAUUUUAGCCGGUGGAAGAGGCUUGGGAACUUUCAAAAGCGGCCUUCAGGGAGGAGUGCACAUUGUUAAGACUGAGCAGGUUGAAGACUUAGCUGGGAAGAUGCUUGGACAGAUACUAGUUACCAAACAAACUGGUCCUCAGGGAAAAAUAGUUAGCAAGGUUUACUUGUGUGAAAAGCUUUCUCUUGUAAAUGAGAUGUACUUUGCUAUAACUCUGGAUCGUACAACUGCUGGUCCAAUUAUAAUUGCUUGUAGCAAAGGAGGAACCAGCAUUGAAGACCUAGCAGAGAAAUUUCCAGACAUGAUUAUAAAGGUACCUGUCGAUGUUUUUGAAGGAAUUACUGAUGAAGAUGCUGCAAAGGUUGUUGAUGGUUUGGCUCCCAAAGGAGCUGAUAGAAAUAAGUCAAUCGAACAAGUGAAGAAUUUGUAUAAACUUUUUAUUGAUUGUGACUGCACUCUCUUGGAAAUCAAUCCCAUAGCAGAGACAGCGGAUAAUCAAUUGGUGGCUGCUGAUGCUAAGUUGAAUUUUGACGAUAAUGCUGCAUAUCGUCAAAAAGAGAUAUUUGCUCUCCGUGAUACAACACAAGAGGACCCUCGAGAGGUGACUGCUGCAAAGGCAGACUUAAAUUAUAUUGGGUUAGAUGGAGAAAUUGGCUGCAUGGUGAAUGGAGCCGGUUUGGCAAUGGCCACAAUGGAUAUAAUUAAACUGCAUGGGGGUACUCCUGCCAAUUUUCUGGAUGUUGGUGGGAAUGCCUCUGAAGGUCAGGUGAUUGAGGCAUUUAAAAUAUUGACUGCUGAUGACAAAGUGAAGGCAAUUUUGGUUAAUAUUUUUGGUGGUAUAAUGAAGUGUGAUGUUAUAGCAAGUGGAAUAGUGAAUGCUGCAAAAGAGGUUGCAUUGAAAGUACCAGUAAUUGUUCGUCUGGAAGGCACCAAUGUUGAUCAAGGAAAAAGAAUUUUGAAGGAAAGUGGUAUGGCAUUAAUAACUGCUGAAGAUUUAGAUGAUGCUGCCCAAAAAGCAGUUAAAGCUGCUUACAAAUGAAGAGUUGCUUCUCUUUAGAUUUAAAAUUCGGUUUAGUUAUAACAUUAUUCUUCGUGUUAAAACAUUGAAGAGAAAGGGAUUGAUGCAAGGAAAGCCUUGGUAAUUUCUUUUUGGCUGCACUGCUUAUCAAAGAGUUUCCAAAUAAGUUAUUGAUUUCCAACUUUUGUAGUUCGUGUGGGUUGAUGCACGUGGAUUACUUUUUGGCUUCUCUCACAAUUCAAGAUACUGGUCCCUUCCUUUCUGAUUUUUCCUGGUUGAAUUCUCUUUACUCUAUAUUAUGGAUAUAACAUGGAAAAUACUUGUUUAUCUGUUC